UUCCAGUAACGAAAGAGUACUUUGCUUCAUUUCUUCUAAUGCUUCAUUUUCUCUUCUCAUUUUAGGGUUUCACAUUUCCCAUUCAUCAAACCCUCGUUCAUUCUUUUCACUCCACAAACGAUAAUCUGCUACAUUAACUGGUUAGAGUAGCUGAGUUAGUUUGGAUAUAAUGUCAUCGACAUGUCCGAUCGGUAAUGAUCAACCUAUUGAUCAAUUGAAAGUUACUGAGCUGAAUGAUGAGCUUAAGAGAACGGAACUAGCUACGAAAGGUUUAAAGGAAGAUUUGAUAAACUGUUUGGAUGAAGUUCUUGCCAUUGAAAAGGAGAAGGAUGAUGUUAGUGGUUUCAAUGGAAAUGCUUCUGAUACAGAUGAAAAGGGUAACACUGCCAAAGUUCAUCCAGUUGAAACAGGAAAUGAAGAAAUGAUUCCGGAGGUUGUGAAUAAUGACAGUGGAAAGAGUGAUAUCACCAAGCUGGUUGGCAAUGAUUGUAGUGCAAUGGCAGACCAAGUAGUGGAUCAUAUGGACUUAUCAGCUGAUGCAGAUUCUGCAAAUGUGGCAGAGGACUUAGUUCACUCUUCUACUAAAGAGACCGCUGUGACAGUCUCCGAGAGUGUCUUAACAGAAGCAACAGUAGUCAGUGGUCAGGAGGAUUCGUGUAUUUCAGAACCACAGAAUGGUCAUGAUCAGGAUUCUGUAACCAAGCAGGUAAGCGAGGAGUCAAAGCCCCAGCUGGAGUGUGACAUAAAGCCCCCGUGUGAGAAUCUCACACCCGACUCUUUGCUUUCUGAAAAUCAGGUAUCUGAGGUCAACACUAGUUUAGGGUCACAAGUACAAUCUGAUUCUGUUUCUAGUAACUGUGUGUCGAUUAAUCAAAAGAAUGAACUGAAUGAUACUAUAAUUGCUAAUAAUAUCAAUUUAGAACAAGAAAUUGUUAGGUCAGAGAUGGUGGAAGAACCAUCAUCCAAAAUUGAUGUCCCUGUUUAUGAUGAAUUGCAUUCAAUGGAUGUUGAAGAGCUAGACAAGAAAAAGGCAUCUGUUGAGGAAAAUAGCAGUAACAACAAAAGUCCAAGCCCGGACAAGACCAAUAGCAGUGAAGAUGUAGGUUAUCCAGAAAAGUUAAACUUGGAUAGAAGUUCUGGUGAUGAUUCCAUGGAAGAGGAUUUGCCGGAGAGCAAGCAAUCUGAUUCUAAGUUUAAUGUUGAUGAACUUGGAGUGAAGGGGGAAAGUGUUGAAAGGCCUAUUGUGAAGGAGGAAUGUGGUCCUGCUGUGGUGGGAGAAGGUCUAUCAGAAAAAGGCGGUACCGACCACAAUAAUAAUAUUCCUGCUGUUUCCCUUGUCAAGAAACAAAAAAUACAUGAUCGAAUAUCAGUUCGGGAUAAUCAGCCUAAAAAACGACAAAGAAUGUGGAACUCUGAAACAGUUAAAGAUUCAAAUCCGCAAAUGUCUACUGUCAGACCUGCUACUGCACCAAAGGGUGAGCCAAAUGCUUUCAAGCGCAAUUUAUCUCGGUCUGAUUCCUCAGCAAUUAAUGAUGCGCCCAAAGAACGCUUUGUUCCACCAUCACAAAGGCACCCAACUAAUUCCCUCAGGAUUGAUCAUUUCCUCCGACCUUUUACCUUGAAAGCAGUGCAUGAACUACUUGACAAAACUGGGAAUUUCACUAGUUUUUGGAUGGACGAAAUAAAAACCCAUUGCUACGUCAGUUACUCAACUGUCGAAGAAGCCACUGAGACCCGAAAUGCUGUUUAUAAUCUUCAAUGGCCCCCACAUGGUGGACGCCUUUUAGUUGCUGAGUAUGUUGAUCCCCAAGAAGUGCAAAUGAAGCUAAGACCUCCUCCUCAUGUUGCUGUUAACAUUGAUUCAACAGUUCCUCCUGAAACACCUACCUCGCUGCCAGAGCCUUCCUCCUGUCAGCACAGGGAGCAGCCUCCAGUUCCAGUCACAUUUCCUCCUCCACCACCAUUGUCACAGCUCCCGCCAGCAGCUAGAGAAUGGCUUCCACCGCCACCAGCUAGAGAAUGGCUUCCACCGCCACCAACUAGAGAAUGGCUUCCACCGCCACCAACUAGAGAAUGGCUUCCACCGCCACCAGCUAGAGAAUGGCUUCCACCGCCGCCACUUUUGUCAGGGCCCCCACAACCACUUUUGUCAGAUCCUCUGCCAGCAGCUAGAGAACGGCUUCCACCAUCACUGUCGGAGCUUCCGCCAGCUGCUAGAGAGCAGCUUCCGCUGCCAACAUCCCUUCCAGAGAAUGUUGAUCGACCUGUUCGUACAAUCGAUGAUGUCUUUCGCAAAACCAUAGCAACUCCUCAAAUCUACUAUUUACCUUUAUCCGAAGAGCAAGUUGCAGCAAAACUGGCAGCACAGAGCAGAAGUGUUAAGCAGUAGGCAUUGUUGAUUUUUGUUAUUGUUUGCCGUCGGAGUAGUUAAGUUUUUUCUGUAAAUGCAUCUUGGAAGGUAUGCUAGUGUCCCCCUUAUGCCAAUGGUUAUUUUCUGGUUCUUGGUACUGUUACAUAGGUUGAGACAAAGUUUUUUUGGUAUUACAACUAUACAAACCAAAAGCUACUUGACAUGAGUGAUAGAUUUUCCUUGACAGAAACAUUUUGAACUUUGAAAACCAAUGGUAGAUAAUAUACUUCCUUUGGCAUGAAACCAAAUUGUGGAAUGACGAUGUUAAUUUGUGUUCGUAA